CUGAUAAUGUAGUAUAUGCAAAACUAUUGGUAAACACAAAAUAAUGUCCUAAUCUCUGAAAUAAUCUAUGUUUUUCUGUCAAGUAAAUACCUUGCAAAUAGUCCAUGUUGACAGCGAACAAGAUGGUCGAAAUUUGAAAAGAAGCUCAGUCAAUUUUUACUAAUCUCACAUGGCUUUGCCUACCAAAUACGAAUAAAUCCAACCGCCAAAAUCUUUUAUGCUAUAGUCCAAAUUGACAAGGACCCAUUUUAAUCCUUUUCUUUUUUAAGAUACCCUUUUGAUGGUUGACCCCAUUUCAUCUUCUGAGAUCUCUAGAUUGAUCAGCUAAGUCACUGGAGUUUACAAGGCUACAGGUAAACUCGACGCUAUGGCUACCGAUUUGAAAAAAUCCACAUCAAGUGGACGUGAAAAUUGUUUGACAUCAGAAGAGCAGCAGAAGAAGAUCAAUGAGGUGAGAAGUUUAAUUGGGCCAGUUCCGGAUAGGUUGUCUCAAUAUUGCUCUAAUCAAACAAUUUCAAGAUAUUUGAUAGCACGGAAUUGGAAUGUCAAGAAGGCAACGAAAAUGCUUAAAGAUUCUUUGAAAUGGAGAUUGGAAUACAAGCCGGAUGAGAUUCGCUGGGAUGAUAUUGCUCAUGAAGCAGAAACAGGGAAGAUCUACAAAGCUAAUUAUAAGGAUAAGCAGGGGAGAACAGUUCUUGUCAUGCGACCUAGAUGCCAGAACACCAAGUCCACGAAAGGCCAGAUUAGAUAUUUAGUAUAUUGCAUGGAGAAUGCCAUUUUCAGUCUUCCAGAAGAACAGGGGCAAGUGGUCUGGCUGAUUGAUUUUCAUGGCUUUAAUAUGUCCCAUAUAUCGUUCAAGGUCACAAGAGAAACGGCUAUUGUUCUGCAAGAACGUUACCCGGAGAGACUGGGUAUUGCAAUUUUAUACAAUGCACCAAAGUUCUUUGAACCAUUCUGGAAGCUAGCAAAACCCUUUCUGGAGCCCAAGACGGCCAAUAAAGUCAAAUUCUUUUACCCAGAAGAUCCCAGUUCUACGAAAGCAAUGGAGGAGUUAUUCGACAUGGAGCUAGUUGAGACUGCAUUUGGCGGAAAAGGUGAUGCAGAAUUUGAUAUCAACAAGUAUGCUGAAAGAAUGAAAGAAGAUGAUAAAAAGAUAUCCGCUUCCUUGGCAAAUGUCUCUAAUUCAGACCCUGUGAUCCCGGAAUCUUAUUUAGAAACCUCUGAAGAUAAAGUUGUGGAUGAAUCAUCUUCGGGUAAUGCUGAUAUGGAUGAUAUUGAUGAAGCUGGAGAGAAAUUGUCCAUUGAUACAGUUGAUAAGCAUGAAUUGUCUCCUAACAAAUCGCCAGGCAUUACAAUUUCAACCUUGGAUACGGAAACUCCAGCAUUAUAUUUUGACCGACUUCAGUUCCACAAAGUUAUAAAAGUACACAGCAAUGUUAUCCUCUCAAUAACACUUCCUUUUCUUGAAAUGGCUUCGACGUCCACAAGUAAUCUUGAAUUAUCAACUGUUUCUUCUUCUUCUUCAUCGUCUCAACCAAGCACCUGGGACGUGUUCUUGAGCUUCUACGGCAAGGACACUCGCGGAAACUUCAUUUCACAUCUUUACACAGCUUUGGACCAAGCUGGAUUUCUGACCUUCAGAGACGAUCCUGCUCUUGACAAGGGUGAAGAAAUUUCAUCUGGGCUACUCAAUGCCAUCAAAAACUCAAAGAUGUUUGUGGUGGUUAUCUCGGAGAACUAUGCUCGAUCCCGAUGGUGCCUUGAUGAGCUCGCAGAGAUCCUUUCAAGUUGUGAGAAAAAAGAGAAUCGGGUUGUUCCCGUAUUUUACUAUGUUGAUCCAACCAAUGUGAGGUACCAGAAAGGCAGUUUUGGAGAAGCUCUUGAAGCUCAUAAGAAGUUUUACUCUGAUGAUAUGAUUCACAAGUGGAAAUCCGCUCUUGCUCAGAUUGCUGACUUAUCCGGACACCAUCUAAGGAAGGACGCAAAAGAGGACGAAGCACAAAUUAUUCAAGAAAUCAUAGUAAAAGUGGCACAAGCAUCUACAAAAGUUUUAUACCUUGAUGAGCAUCUAUAUGGGAUAGAUUCUGCGGUUGAAGAGAUAUGUUGGAAACUAAGAAUGGAGUUAGAUGAUGUUCGUGCCAUCGGAAUCUGUGGGAUGGGUGGCAUUGGGAAAACUACUACUGCUAAGGCUUUCUAUAACAAAUAUUCCAACUUAUUUGAUGUCAGCUGCUUUAUUGAAAACGUUAGGCAAUAUUCACACGGAGGUAGUCCUCUACUUCCUUUACUUGAGAGACUAGUAACUGAGCUUCUCAGAAAGAAGGAUUGUAAGGUCACUGAUGUUGCAAGUGGAAUCAGGCAAUUGACACAAAUUCUUAGAUCGAAGAAAGCUCUCAUUGUUUUGGAUGACCUGGACCAAACAAGCUAUUCACAAUUUUUAGUAAAGGUUUGCAAAUUGUUUUCAGCUAGAAGUAGGAUUAUUCUUACGACAAGAGAUGUAAAUAUGAUAUAUCAAUUAAAAAUUGACAUGUCUGGAGUAGAUGUAUACAUGGCGAAGAAACUGGAACAAAAUGAUUCACUGGAGCUCUUUAGUUAUCAUGCCUUUGGAAAACCAAAACCCACCGCAAGUUUAAGAAAUCUCUCACUAAGUUUUGUGAGUCAUGCCGGAGGUAUUCCAUUAGCUACUAAAGUGUUGGGUUCAAUAUUACGUGGUAGGACUCAAGUGUCAUUCUGGAUAGGAAAACUCGAAGAAGUCAGGAGAUUUCCAGUUAACGACAUACAUGGAAUCCUUCAAGUUAGCUAUGAUGAUUUAAGUGAGAUGGAAAAAGAAAUUUUUCUCGAUAUUGCAUUUUUCUUUGUCGGAAAGUACCAUGUUGAUGCUGAUGAGAUAAUUGAAUCUUGUGGUUUUUGUCCUAAAGUUGGAAUACCGAUUCUGGUAGAAAGAUGUCUACUACAAAUUGAUGAGAAUUACGAGCUUCAUAUGCAUAAUCUUAUACAAGAUAUGGGUAGGGACCUUGGAAAGAGCACACGCUUGUGUUGGCAAGGAACUGCAUGGAAUGAUCUGCAAAAUCAAGAGUUUCAGGGUUUAGAUAAAAUUGAAGGACUCAUCAUAGAUCUUACUCAAUCAACGGAGAAACAAAUCAAUUCCCGGAUAUUUGAAAAGCUGCCUAAAUUAAGAUUACUUGAGAUUAUCAAUGCUCAUGGUACUAAGGAACAUUUCAAAAGUCCAUUUCAUGAGUUAAGGUGCAUUUAUUGGAGUCAUUGUACAUGGACGCAGUUACCUUCCAGUUUUCAAGCACAAAAGUUAGUCUCACUUUAUAUGGCGUACAGCAAUUUGAAGAUGUUGUGGAAUGGUGCCAUGCCUUUCAAGAGUCUCAAGAUGAUAAAUCUCGGUUACUCCAUGAAUUUGACAAUGACUCCCAACUUUGGAAAUUCAAAAUUGAUUAAGAGGAUAUUCUUUGAAGGUUGUGAAAGCCUGUUAAACCUCCACCCGUCAAUCAGAGAGUUGACUGGUUUAUAUAUUUUGAAUUUGAAUGAAUGCACCCGUUUGAAGGAAUUGGGUGAACCAAUCCUUAAACGAAAACGAUCACUGCAGCCUAUGACACAAUGGGCUAGUAUGUGGUACUUAUACUUGGGGCAUUUGAGCAAUCUAAGACGAUUGCCCGAGCAAUUGGGUGAUAUGAAAGGGUUAAAACUUCUCGAUGCAAAUCACACUGCAAUCGAAGAACUCCCGGAUUCAAUUACUCAAUUGGAGGGAUUGUAUGAAUUGGAGUUGUCUAAUUGCAAGAAGCUAAGAAAGCUACCUGAGGAGUUUGGAAAUAUGAAAGGCUUAAGCAUAUUCAAAGCGUGCAAUACUGCAAUUAGUAAAUUACCAGAUUCAUUUGCAGGUCUCAUUAAUUUGGUUAAACUGGAUUUGUCUUGCUGCAAAAGCCUUAGGUCUCUUCCAAAUGACAUAUGGAAGCUUACAUUGCUGGAAGUAUUAAAUCUGGGUCAGUGUUCAAAGCUGGACCGAUUGCCCGAGCAAUUGGGGAAGAUGCAAUGCUUAGAACAUCUUUAUGCAUCUCAAACAGCAAUUGAAGAAGUAUCAGAUUCUAUCGAGCUACUGAGUAAGCUACAAGUGUUGAAUCUAGGUUAUUGUAAGAAACUUAAAUAUGUUCCUAAUAGUGUAUGGAAGCUUCCAUCACUUGAACAAUUAUAUCUGCUGCGAACGGGCAUGGACGACAUCGGUGGAAUUAAAAUUCCCGGUGCAGCGAAAGAUAUAAAGUUGGUUGCUUUAGGUCUAAGUUGUAAUAUAAGAUUAUGGCUGCCAUUGAUUCAAAGUUUCUCUUCUUUGAAAAGAUUAGUUCUCUCUGAUAUGGGUGAGAGUUUAUCGUCAACCAAACCAUUCAGUCUCUCUAAGCUUGUCAACCUGAAGUUUCUGGAAUUGAAUGCUAAUACAAGUGUUGGGCCAUCAUUUCCUGAACUUCCGCCUAGUUUAACACAGUUAACCCUAUGUUCCCAUGCAACAUUGGUACGUCUACCCGAUUUAUCCAGCUUGAAACAGUUAAAGAUGUUGGAUAUAGUAGGUUGCUGCAGCCUGGAAUCACUUCCUCCACUUCCUCCUCAUCUUCAAUCACUUACAGUUUAUGACUGCACAAGCCUACAAGAUCUACCAGAUAUGUCAGCGUUGAAGGGUUUGUUAUAUUUGUAUUUUGGUAGGUGCGGGAAUAGUAAAUCAGUUGGUUUGAAGAGUUCCUAUGUUUUUACCAGGGUUUCAAAACGGUUCAGCUACAGAAGCAUUGGGAGUAAACUCCGUUUCAAUAUCCCACCACUGCUGGAAGAUGACUUCUUAUGUCUUGCACUCUGGGUUCUUUUUACAUCCAAGAAUGAUUAUCGAUAUAGUAUAAGUGCUGCUGUUACUAAUCAAACGAAUGGUUUCUCAAUGGGCUAUUUGAUCCCAGUAUAUUCUGGUGGCACAGGGGUACAAGAAUAUUCUCUAUCAAGAUGCAUACAUAGAGAUGAAAUCUCAUUAACAACUGGAGAUAGAAUUGAGAUUUCAUUUCAGAGACAGUUAUAUGAUUCAAAUGGAGAGGAAGCUCCUUUUAAAGAAGUGAAGGUGAAGGCCUGUGCGGCCCAUGUGAUACAAAAAACACACUCAACUCCUGAUUUUCCCUCUGUUUUGAAUUUCUUCCUUAACAGGGAUGAAUCAAACACUGUCAGAGAAAUUGUGGAGAAUGUGGGACUACAAGUAUCUACAAGAGUUUCAGACCUUGACCAAUAACUAUUUGAAAUAGAUUCUGUUGUUGAAGAUAUCUGUGAAGAACUAAGCAUGGAGUCAAAUCUUGUCUGAGUCAUUUGAAAUAUACCAGAUCGGAGAAAUCAGGGAAACUAAAAUUACCAAAACUUUCUAGAACAAAUACUGUAACAACUUGAUACAGCUCCUUUGUUUAGAAUGUCAAACAAUAAUAUACACAAGGAGCUAAAACUUUUAUGUGCUUUUCUUGAGUAACUCCUACUGAGCUUCUUAAAAGGAAGGAGCAGAAGGUCCGUGAUGUUGAAAGUGGAAUAAGACGACUGAAACAAAGAAUUUGUUCAAAAGAGCUGUCAUUGUUUUGGAUGAUCUUGACCGAUCAUGUUAUUGCCAAUUUCUAGCAAGGUUUUGCAACUUGUUUUACGGUGGAAGUAGAAUUUUGAUCACGACAAGAGAUACAAACCUGCCAAAUCUGUUGAAGUUAGAUAUUUGACAAGUGGAUUUAUGCAUGCAUGGUGAAGGAGUUGGGGAAAAGUGAUCUGUCGGAGCUCUUUAAUUAUCAUAGUAUCAUGCCUCCGGAAAAUCAAUGCCUGAAAGAAGUUUCAGAGAGCUCUUUAACCUAUGCCCCGGAGGUCUUCCAUCAGAGCAUUGGAUUUGUUAUAUAUGGUCCUCGUAGACUAUAAUUUUGAGGACUUCACAAAGUCUGGCCAUUCCCCUAAUAUUUAAGAUUCAUUUUUCCUUUCUCGGAAGUAGGUAAUAAGUAGGUUUGCUUAUCAAUAACUAAAUAUUCAUUUUUCA